CAUCCCUUGUCUUCCUUCCAUAAUUUCUUCUACGGCUUUUAUACGCGUUCGCUUUCUUUCCGGUCUUCGUUUAAGAGCUUUAGUGCCGAUAUUUCCGCUUUCUGAUCUCAGAAAGUUUUCGAGUUCCAAUCCAACAAAUACAUGGUUGAUCUAGACAUCCAAAUCCCAGCUGCUUUUGAUCCAUUCACCGAGGAUAAGGACUCAGGUGCCCCUGGUGCCAAAGAGUAUGUUCAUAUCCGUGUUCAACAAAGGAAUGGUAAAAAGUGCUUGACAACUAUUCAGGGGCUGAAAAAAGAUUUCAGCUUGGAGAAGAUACUGAAGGAUCUUAAGAAAGAGUUCUGUUGCAACGGGAAUGUGGUGCAAGACAAAGAGCUAGGCAAAGUCAUUCAACUUCAAGGUGAUCAGCGCAAGAAUGCUUCUCAGUUCCUUGUGACUGCUGGAAUUGUCAAGAAAGACCAGAUCAAGAUUCAUGGUUUUUAAGGAUUAUUAUGAUCAUCUUGUCUGAAGAAAAUAAUAUAUAGUAGCAGUAUUUUGCAUUGGUGUGUGGCAUCUGAGGAUUGCCUAUUAUAAUAUUCGUGUUAGUGUUUGUGUGGAUAGUGGGAACUAUUCGCGUUAGUUGGUGUUGGUUCUCUUUCAUUUGAUAAUGUCAUGGGACAAAAAGCGGUUUGUAAGACUACCUUCUUAUUUUUCAGUAAUAAAGGUAUAAUUGAUAUAUUUACUUG